AUGGAGUACUACUGCACCCUGCUACUGUGGAGCUGCAGCCUGCUGCUCGGGCUCUGUCACAGCUUCAAUGUGGACACCAGGAGGCCGCGGAUCAUGCGGGGGUCCAAAGAGGCGCAUUUUGGCUACACAGUGCAGCAGCAUGCAGCAGCAGGACAGAAGUGGUUACUGGUGGGAGCCCCCUUUGAGACUAAUGGCCCAUACCAGACCGGGGACAUCUACAAGUGCCCAAUGAACCGGAGAGCCAACGGCAACUGUGCAAAGCUCAACUUAGGCAGGAUAUCGUUGACCAAUGUGUCUGAGCGCAAGGAUAAGAUGCGGCUGGGAAUGACCCUGGCCUCCAACCCCAAGGAUAACAGCUUUGUGGCCUGCGGGCCUUUAUGGUCCUACGAAUGUGGCAGCUCGUACUACAGCACAGGCAUCUGCUCCAGAGUGAACGCCAGCUUCAAGUUCUCGCGCACCAUCGCCCCAGCCUUUCAGAGAUGUGAGACCUACAUGGACAUUGUGAUUGUUCUGGAUGGAUCCAACUCCAUCUACCCGUGGUACGAGGUUCAGGACUUCCUCAUUAACAUCCUGCAGAAGUUCUACAUUGGGCCAGGCCAGAUCCAGGUUGGCGUGUUGCAGUAUGGGGAGAAGGUGGUCCAUGAAUUUCACCUGAAUGACUUCCGCUCUGUGGAGGAGGUGGUGAAGGCCGCGCGGAAGAUCGAGCAGCGUGGCGGGGAGGAGACAAACACAGCGCUCGGCAUUAAUGUGGCGCGGUCUCAGGCCUUUAAGAGGGGGGGUCGGCGCGGAGCCAAGAAGGUGAUGAUCGUCAUCACAGACGGGGAGUCACAUGACAACCAAGACCUGCAGCAGGUCAUCGAGGACAGCGAGAAAGAUGGCAUCACCCGCUACGCCAUUGCAGUCCUGGGCUACUACAACCGGCGUGGGAUCAACCCUGAGGCCUUCCUAAAUGAGAUUAGGUAUAUUGCCAGUGACCCUGACGACAAGCAUUUCUUCAACGUGACGGAUGAAUCGGCGCUGAAAGACAUUGUGGACGCUCUGGGAGACAGGAUCUUCAGCCUGGAAGGCACCAGUAAGAACGGGACAGCAUUCGGCCUGCAGAUGUCUCAGGCAGGCUUCUCCUCUCACAUUGUGGAGGACGGUAUCCUGGUAGGUGCGGUUGGAGCGUAUGACUGGAAUGGGGCGGUGCUGAAAGAGACUCGCAUGGGAAAAGUCGUCCCGCCAAAAUCCUCCUACCUGCAGGAGUUCCCGGAGGAGCUGAAGAAUCACGGCGCGUACCUGGGUUACACGGUGACAUCAGUGGUUUCUGCGAAAAACGGCCGGUUGUAUGUGGCCGGGGCUCCGCGAUUCAACCACACGGGAAAGGUCAUCAUCUUCACUCUGACCAACAGCGGCAACCUGACCGUCCUACACUCACUGAGGGGACAGCAGAUUGGCUCGUACUAUGGCAGUGUGAUUGCGCCAGUGGACAUCGAUGGAGAUGGAGUGACAGACAACCUCCUGGUCGCAGCACCCAUGCUCUUCAGUGGGGGCUGGGAGAAGGGGAAGGUGUACAUCUACAGAGUAACAGAGCAGAAUCGCUUUGUCCUGGAGGGGGCGCUAGAGAUAUCUGACCGGGGGCAGAACUCUCGUUUCGGCUCGUCCAUUGCUUCCGUCCCAGAUCUCAACGGCGACAGCUACAGCGAGGUGGUAGUGGGCGCGCCACUGGAGGACGACCAUCGGGGAGCGAUCUACAUUUUCUACAGCCAGCCCAACAGGAUACUGCGCAAGUACAAACAGAGGAUUGGAGCAAUAGAUCUCUCCUCAAGUUUGCAGUAUUUUGGCUGCAGUAUCCAUGGGCAGAUGGACAUGAAUGGAGAUGGGCUGGUGGACUUGGCAGUCGGUUCGCUGGGUGCAGCAGUAUUACUGUGGUCCCGCAGUGUCGUCCGCAUUCACGCCAGCAUCGAGUUUGAGCCGAGCAAGAUCAACAUCUUCAACAAGGACUGCCGGCGGGGGGGCAAGGAUGUCACCUGCAUGUCUGCCAUCGUAUGCCUCAACGUCACCGCCAGGACCUCCAUGCCCCCAAAACAGCAAGUGGCCCUGAGGUACAGUGCUUUUAUUGAGGAGCGCCGCUACACCCCGCGAGCUGUUCUGGAGGAGGGCGACCGCCAGCAGCCCCGAAACCUCACCCUGCUGCCCUCCGAGUCAGCCUGCGAGCACGUGUACUUCCACGUCCUGGACUUUACAGACUACAGCCGGCCCAUAGUGUUUGCUGUGGAAACAGGCCUGCAGGACCCUGAUCACGGUCCCACGCUGGACGACAGCUGGCCCACCACAUUCAGGACCGAGCUGCCUUUCUGGAAUGGCUGUGAUGAAGAUGACCACUGCCGCCCUAACCUGGUCCUGCAGAGUCACACUGACCUCCUGGACCGCAGGCAGUUCUGUGGGCAGCCUGCGCGCUCCCGCUGGGCACUGUGCCGACAGCAGGGGGCAGCAGAGGGCUCAGAGAGAGUGAUUGAGGGGUCACGGAGGAGGAUGGUGGUGGACACACGCUUGGAGAACCGCGGAGAGAAUGCCUACAGCGCUCGUCUCAACAUCUCCUACAGCCCCAACCUACGUUUCUCUAGUCUCAUAGUCAAGGACAAGUCAGACAUCAAGAUUGAGUGCUGGAGCAAAGACAGGCAGAGACUGAGAACCUGCAACGUCAGCUCACCCUUCAUGAGAUCACAGGCACAGGUGUCCUUCCGUCUUGAAUUUGAGUUCAUCCGCUCAGUGUACCUGGAUCAAGUGCGGGUCAUCUUAGAAGCCAGCAGUGAAGGGGAGGAAGUCAAUACAGCAGACAACUCCAAUGACAUUUAUCAUCAGCUGAAAUAUGAGGCUGACCUUCUGUUCACCAGGGAAUCAAGCCCAUCUCGCUGUGAGAUCAAAGCAGACCCCUCCCUGGAGGGGCAGGACACCACAGGCCCUCCUUUCAACUUUACCUUCCAGAUCCAGAAUCUGGGCUUUUUCCCAGUCAAGGACCUGCAACUGAAUAUUGAAAUUCCAGAAGUGACAAAGAACGGGAACCAGUUUUUGCAGAUUGCAGACUACUAUAUUGAUCAGACAGACGGCUCUCGCUGCGAGGCGCCUCCCCCCCAUGUUGCACAGAGCUUGGCUUCUCCUGAGGACCUUGCUCCUUUCACCCACCUGAAUCAGUCCAACACUUUGACGGUUCUGAUCCGGUGCAGUGUGGUGCUGCCAUCCCACAGGGACGUGAGCGUCCGGAUCAGCGGCUCCCUGCAGCUGCAGGCCCUGCAUGCUGUGAAGUUCAAGACGGUGGAGCUGGUGACAACCGCGUGGAUCGAGCUGGAUCCCUCCAGCCCUAUGUUCCUGCAUGAGGACCGGCCAGUGAGACGAAUAAUCCUGGAGAUUAGGAAGGAGGAAGACUACAGGAUUCCCAUCUGGAUUAUCAUUGGCAGCACACUGGGGGGCCUGCUGCUGCUGGCCCUGCUCAUCCUGGCUCUGUGGAAGCUGGGAUUCUUCCAGAGACAGCGGCGUAGGGAGGCGGGACAGGAGGCCAACGGGAAGGUGGCAGAGGAGCGAUAACACAGGCAGAAAACACAGCAGGCCACAGGCUCAGGGACUGGCCCGGAGACCAAUGAUGGCUCAGAGACAGUGAGAGAACUGCCAAUCAAAACCAGCCCUGUGCUGCCGAGCCCGCCCACACAUCACCUCAGGACCAAUCAGCUGUCUCCCUGCUAUACUGCCACUUUGUGCAGGGCAGGGGGAGGCUUGUGUUUAAUGUUUCCACCUUCGGAGGAGUUACUUUUACGUGCUCUUCCACCAACAGCCUCCUGCUGUGAAAACAGGCCUUCACUACAACUGUCCUCUUCACUCAUUUUCCUCCUUCUAUAAAAAAAAAACAAACUUUACAAAACCAUGUCACACACAAGUAUCUUUCCGUUAUCCUAAGUGCCUCACGGAGAUGCUGUGCAAUAUUCCUUAUGUCUGGAGGCAAGUGACCACAACAGGUGCUAGCUGCAUCUCAGUGGUUGAAGACAGGCAGUGAACUGGACAGCUCGGGUCCUUCAACAGUGCCAGGAAGAGGUACAGCCUCUCUUUGGAGUACGCAGGAAAUGGCCUGAAUUUCCCUCACUCUC